AUGGCCGUCUUUGUAGAUCUCGAAGACGAAGAUGUCGACCCUGGCCAGGUUCAGCCUUCUCAUCAUGGCCUCAACCUGCCGGCUAGGAAUGGUGCUGGAACGGGCAUCGUCACCGACAUCGGCCGGACCAAAAUGGAGGGCGUGGGCAGCGUGAACACUGAGAAACAUCGCGAGGAGGCUCACGAGCCCGCUGUCAGGGAGAAUCCAAACCAGAACUCCAUGACACUGGCUUUGGGGUGCUAUCCUAUCGUCAUGUCUCUGGCUGCCUCCAUUGACUUGAACACGCUCGAUAACCUGUCGCGAACCUGCCGGCAAAUAAGGGGGAACCUCCUGCAGUACCGCAAGAUGCUCCUUGUUUCUACCUUACAUUGCUCCAAUGAACACCUUCCUAUCGAUCCCGAUGCGGUGCUGCGAUAUCGCGCUCGUACCGUCAACUGGUUUUACAUGCAAGAGCUGGGACGAUCCAAUAAGCCUUGCAAGGUCGGCCAAUGCGCUCGCGAUCUGGUUGGAGGGUGUCGCCGUUGCGGUACUGUCGUUUGUCGGAAUUGUGCCAUCAAACCUCCGGCACCGAUUGUGCUCCGCGACCGCCACCGCCGGCUGUGCGUAACAUGCGCAAAGACGCCCAUAGGGAAUCUCACAAAGCCACCUCUCGGCCAUGUGACACAGAUGGAGUCUGGCUUUGCCAGCCAUGUGGGAAAACAAUACGCAACGAUGAUUACGACUACAAGAGGUAUCAUCUGGAGAUGGCGAAACCAAUACACCGAUGUCCUCGGUGGUCUCGGCACAGGCAUCGGCGAAGGCGAUCGUGGCGUUAUUUGCGGACGCGGGAGUGAUUGCUGUGCUGCCCGGAAGCGGGAACAGGAGAUCGACUGUGAUGCCGAAGAUGCUCAAGAAGCCGACGGCUCCUAUGUGUACACUCCGUCUCCCUCUACCACCACUGUCUCGAAUGAUUCCAACAUCUCCAUGGCUCUGUGGGGCACCGAUACUGCCAGCACCACCAGUAGUAACGGAAGUGUGAACGGUAGCAACGCUUCCUCAUCAUCGCAGACGGGUGGUCUUGGUUCUACCUUGGCCGGGCCCAGCCUCGAGCGCAGGACCCCUAGUCCUAUGCUGAAGCCUGGCUAUGACAGGCAUGAAAUCGAAGGAAUUGGUGGUGUGGUCAAGAAGAAGCUGGUCCGGAUGGUCAAGGUCGGGGCUUGCGUCCCCGAGUGGCCUGACGAGCGGGAUCGAGGCGAUAUCCUUGGACGGGAGAUGCAGGCCAAAGUGAGGAGUUGGUGUGGCUGGUGUUGGAGGGUGAUUCCCGGAAAGCUGGACUAUGAAUUCGCCAGACAGGAAACGAGGAGUAAGGCGCUUGAGGAAAAAUAAGAAGAGAGGGUAAUAAGGGCAUAGGCGUCAUGAUACUUUGGAUGGCAGUCGUAAUCGCCGCUCGCUGAGGUUUUGUUUUGGUUUUCACUAAAAGGAGUGUGAUGGUUUUUGGGAGUAAUUAGAGAAAGGGACAUUGAGAUUGUAACUUACGGGGUUCCAUGGAUUUUGGAUAACGUUACUGGCUUCUGGCUACCCAAAAAUACAAUAUUCCGUGUGCUUC